AUGAAUGAGAUGAGCGAGGGGUCGGCGCGGCUGAUGAACCUGUUGAGUGAAGGAUAUCUCGAGGCAUACAACACAGCGACGUUCCAGAAGGCGGAAACGUUUAACCGCGCGGAAUACAUUUUGACGGCGUCCGGAAAUAAGGUCAGUAGGGAUUCCAUUCUCUGCGGCAUGAAAAAUAUCCACAUGUUGGGGAAGUCCAUCAUAAAGAGCGGAGCCAUGUUGAGGGGCGAUCUCAGUAGCCUCUACUUUGGAAAGUACGUCAUUGUCGGGUCGAAGACGCUCAUUUGUCCGUGCUUCCUCCAGGGUAGGGAACCGCAAAAGGGGGAGGGCGCCAAAGACGACGACCAGGACGACCCAAGUGAACGAAGCAACCGAAGCAACGGAAGCGAACCUUGCCCAACCGAUGAGCCGCCAACCAGCUCAUACGUAACCCUAACCAUCGGCGACAAUGUCUACAUCGGAAACGAAUGCAUCAUCAAGGCGGCGCUCAUCGGAAGCAAUGUCGUCAUAGGGGACAACUGUGUUGUAGGGGAGCGAGUAGUAAUCAAGGACAAUGUUGUUAUAAAGAACAACACAUACAUCCCCAACGACACCAUCAUUGCCUCUUUCGCAAAGUAUGCAGGGUGCCCUGCCACCUACGUGAAAGAACUGCCCGAAUCGGCUCAGACCUAUUUGAAGGACAUUCCAUACCGACACUACAAAAACUUCGUCCCCGCGCGUUAA